AUGAGCAGUAACCACGUGAAAUUUGAUGAUCAGGAGGACGCAGUUGCUCCUUCUCAAGGUCAAGGAAUUACUAUAAAUGAAGGUGGUUUCAAAACAAACAAUAAGAGAACUUUGAAUUUGGAUGAUGAUGAGAGUGAAAGUGACGAUGAAGCACCUGAAGAAGAAGGUGCUGCCAAAACAAAAGAGGAUAUUGAAAAGAAAUUAAAAGUUAGUGAAGAUGCCAAGAAAUUGGAACAACAACAAUUAAAAGAAAAGAGAAGGAAACAGAAUGCAUUAUUUCAAGAGCAACAAUCUGCAAAGAAGCAAAAGGUUGUUGCUAGUGAAGAAAUUAUAGAACCAUUAGAGGAACUCCCUACUGAACUCUUACAAGAAGUCGAACAAAGGGAGGCAGCCAAGCCAACCCACAUAAAUUUUGACCAAGACUCAGAUUUGAUCAAUAACGAUUCGGAUGACUCAGAUGUGGAGAGGACCAUACGAAGUGAUGCUUUAAAGAAGAAGAAAAAUCAGCUGAAAACUCUAAGAAAGAAAACAAUUAAUAAAGGCCCUGUUAGUGUAACUUUAUUAACUUCUGUUUCUCAAUCGAGAGCAAUGGCUCCAAAAAAAGAAGUUCAAAUAACAAGUACUAAAGAUAAAUGGUUAAGAAGGAAGACUCUGAAUAGAAGGUAA